UAUAGGGCAAACGUAAUUCCAAAAUAGAGAAGGCGAAAUGCAGCGAGCUCGUCGAACGCCCUCACAGACUCCGCACGUCAUCGCACAUGGCCUGCGCCGCUAGGGUUUGGCUCCGCCUCGCCGUCGCUUUUCUCUUCCUCCUCGCCGCCUUCUACGUCGGCCGUCCCCUCUACUGGAAGCUCUCGGCCACCAUCCACGAGGUCCGGGAGAAGCGCAAGUCCGUCAAAGACGGGAUCUCGCAGUUCGUCCUCGAGGCCCAGAAGUCGGUGGGGUGGGUGCACGACGAGUCCGACUCGGGAGCAGGUGAUGAUCGGAAGGCUUCCACGGCCACCAGUCGACGGAUCCUCCGGUCAUCCCUCUUCGAUGGAUAUUUAAAGAAUAAAUCUGCAGCAUGUAAUUGUGUAAUAAUCUAUAUGGAUGCCCUCUUUCUACAUUUCUGGAUGUUGUGCAUUGCUACUAAUUGCCUUUUGAAUCUAUUUUCUUUUUAUGUGAGCUGAAUUGCUGCCAUUGGGGUGAUUAAAGACGACCAUUUUGGUAGUACACGAAUUGGACAUGUCUUGCAGAAAGUAGGAUUGCAGUGCUGUGCUCCGUUUGUGUUUUCCUGGUGUGCAUUUCUGCCCGGUGACAAAUGAUUUUGAUGGUGACUCCCUGAUCUGUGCGGAAGCAGUGUGUAGGAAAUCAAGAAAUCAGGAGGAACAGAGGGUUAUUAGAAAAGAAUCAACCUAUUGAGCAACAAUGAAGUUCUGGUUCAUCGGUGCUAUUUUUAUUGGUAGGAAAUCUCUGUCUGCUGGAUUUAGCAUCAUCCUUUUUUGCUAAUAUGUUUAUGUCUUUUGAAAGCACAUAGACAAACAAGCUGGAGAAGGAAACUGACAUAAGCAGAGCACACCCAAACCUGCCUUUUAUCACUUAGCUAGAGGUAUGAAAGCUCAGCUCGAGCUUAAUAUGUUGUUGAGUUUAGAGAGUUACAACUGGAGUCCGCUUGUGAGUCCAGUUGAUCUAACGUCACUCUUAUUUUUGUCCGACAUGUUUAUUAUAACUACAGUUGAUUUUAUUGA